GAUGACUGGUGGGAGGAGGAGACACUAGUGACCACCAGGAAAACAGCAACAUGCCAAGGCUGUGAGGAGAUCCCUUCUACAAGCCAGACAAAUAACCUCUCCCUCUCCGAUCCAUUAUUUUGAGUACCAUGAAGCUAGAAAUGAGCAUAAAGAAAUAACCCUGGAUACUUUAAAUUGAAUUAGUUAAGUUUGAUGGGCUUUAAAAGGGAAGUUGGGUGACCCGAGCUAAUGGAAAGAGAUGUCAAAAUACACAGCGAAGAGACAGAGGCCAAUGGAAACAUACAAAAUGAAACCAAGAAGUCAGCCAAAGGAGACUCUGCUUCCAUAACCAACCUCCAGAUUUCUGCUGGUGGUUGCCCCGGGUGUUGUGCAAGACAGGUCCAUCCCACCAAGCUGAACUGCGGACACAGCAUCGGCCAGCAAUGCCUGGCUGCACUGUGGGUGAACUCCAAUGCAAGCUGUUGUCCGCAACGCAGAAAGAAAUGGGAAGAGCCUCCAGUGGCCAGUGUUCCACCCAAGCAAGUGACUGCAAUGGUGUUUCCCAAGACUGUUGUAAAAAGAGGCUCGAUUCAGCAAAUCGGCGAUACAGGCCAUGGUCUCAAAGACUUUCACAAACGGGGAAAGGAUCAGAGAGUCAGCUGGCAAAGAGGCUGGGCACUUCCCUUUGGGUUUUUGGCUUGUUUAGCUACUGUGACAUUCACUUUGCAUGUUUAUCUCUGGAUCAGCAAUAAACAACCUGAACUGGAUCCUCUUGCUCAUCUGAAGGCUCCUUGCAGUCUAGGGAGCAGGAACUACAGUCCAGAGAACAGUAGCCACAAAGAAACCUUUCUGUUACAGCUGGAGAAUCUCAAAUUACUGAAGCCAAAGCAAAAGCUGCCAAAAGACCUCUGGGAAUUCAAAGCUGCAAAACCUAAGCCAAUGCUAUUUCUGCUGCAUGCACUGAAUGCCUCUCCAAGGCUGGGAAUACUGUAUAUCUACUACUUUGAUUACACAGAAAGCUUUCUGCCUUUCAUUCAUACCGUGUGCCCUGUACAACAGAGGCACAAAAUGGGAACAGGCAAGAAACUUUCACACCUUAGACCUCCUACUUGGGGACAAUGGAGAAAGCUUCUUUUCAAGCUCAUACUAGCCUAUCAAUUAGUUGCUGAGUUUGCAUGGAGUUGGCUAGGGAUUCACUACUGGACAUCAUGGUUUAUUAUUAUUAAUGCCAUGUUACUCUCCUGUUUGGAAUUACUGUCAGUCUGGAGUCUCUGGUUAAGGAAAGAACUGAAGACUAUUCCAUGGAGAAUGUGGCAGCAUUUCUGGCAUGUGUCCAUACAGGGACUUGCUGGUGCCAUUUUGUGGUACGUUAUUCCUCCAUUUGUCUGGGACUGUGCGUUUUACUGGAAGGUGUACUGUAGCCCCAUCAUGAACUUGCACAAUGUAGUGAGAGAGUUAAGGCAUUUGGAAUCGCGAGUACUAUAAUAAAGAUGAGAGAGAGCUCAUUGUGGGGAAAACGGUAUCUGAGCCUGCCUGAACUCCGAAGGUGGGAAGGCAGGCCCUUUUCCCUCUUAGGGGG